AUGGCUCUGCUUACUUUUGUACCUGAGGCCACGGAGCCCAAGAACAAGAAGAAAGCACCACCACCAUCAAAACGCAGGCAAAAGCAGUCGUCGAGCUCUAAAAAGCAACAAAACCCACCAUCCUCAUCCUCAUCCUCAUGGGACCAGAUCAAGAACCUGCUCACCUGUAAACAGAUCGAAGGUUCAAGAGUUCAUGACCCAUCAAAGAAUCAUAACAUCGCCAAUGGUGGCGCAGGCGCAGCUGCUGCCGGGUACUCGAAACUGGGGUCUUCUUGCAGCUCCAUUUGCAGCUUCAGAGAUGUCGUUCAUGGCAACACCAGGGUCGUUCACAGAGCCGACAACUCGCCCGAGAGUAGCUCGCUGGGUCAGGAAACUGGGUUACUGGGUCGGAAACAUGUGACUCGGUCAUCAACUCGGUCUUCCUCCUCUAGAUCCAACGCUACUGGGACUGGUGCUGCUUAUAAUACUACGUCCGCCUCCUCCUCCUCCAGAGGAAUGCAAUUCAGGAAGCUCUCAGGCUGUUAUGAGUGCCACAUGAUCGUUGAUCCUAGCAGGUACCCAAUUCCGAGGUCUAGUGUUUGUGUUUGCUCUCAGUGCGGAGAGAUCUUCCCCAAGAUGGAUAGUUUGGAACAUCACCAAGCAAUUCGCCAUGCUGUAUCGGAGCUGGGAGUUGAAGAUUCCGGCCGAAACAUUGUGGAGAUAAUAUUCAAAUCAAGCUGGCAGAAGAAAGACAUUCCCAUCUGCAAGAUCGAACGGAUACUAAAGGUUCACAACACGCAGCGCACGAUCCAAAGGUUCGAGGACUGCCGGGAUGCCGUGAAGAACCGUGCGCUGGGCACCACACGAAAGAACCCCAGGUGCGCAGCGGACGGGAACGAGCUGUUGCGGUUCCACUGCGCCUGCAUCUCGUGCACGCUCGGCGCACGUGGCUCGUCCAGCUUGUGCGGCUCCGUACCGGGCUGCGGAGUGUGCACGAUUAUCAGGCAUGGCUUCCAAGGCAAAGCCGGAGGGGAAGGGGGCAAGGGAGUGCGGACCACUGCCAGCAGCGGUAGGGCCCACGACUCCUUGAGCUGUACGGACGGGCGUAGGGCCAUGCUGGUGUGCCGUGUCAUUGCUGGCAGGGUUAGGCGCAUUGCGGACGAUGCGCCGACGGAGGAGGAUGCGUUGUCGUCCUUGUCGGCUCCUGGCUCCUACGAUUCUGUAGCCGGAUUCGCCGGAUUAUAUUCAAAUCUCGAGGAGCUGGUGGUUUAUAAUCCGAGGGCCAUCCUCCCAUGCUUCGUAGUCAUUUACAGGGCUCUAGAGUCGUGA